AUGACCCGGAAGGCCAAGGCAAUUAUUGCCCUGCUGCUCACCUUGAUCGCCUACGUCUCCAUCAACAGCAUAGCCCAUAUCACCAAACCAGCGGCGUUUGUGUGGUAUGCAGAGGACCGGGACGAGCAGCACUGGAUUGCGAGUUCACGGUCCUGGUUCGACCGCAAGGCCUGUCGAUGGCUGAGUGUGUGCGGUGCCGCCCAUUUACACCUGGCCAAGGGCUCCUUUGGACAACGCGAUCCGACGGGCUGGACGGGGUCCGAGUCGGAUGGCUGGCGGUCGUUCUGGCGCGGGGACGCUGAACGCCGGGCUCGGCAGAUCCCCGACUUUGUUUUUCACUACGCCCCACUCGUGCAUCUUUAUUCUGGCGAGCAGUUUUGGCCGGGCGACAUCGCCGAGCAUCUGCAUCACACCACACCCUCGCUCAAUUAUACCCCCAUUGACCUCAAUGGGGCGUACCCCACCUUGAGUAAUCUGGAUGAUCUGAAUCAGUGGGAAAAGGGCUGGCCCGUCUACUUGACGAGCCAGGAUGAUGUCCAGAGUCGACCGCCGUGGCUGGAGGGCGAGGGAAAUAUCCCAGAGGGUGGGACCAGGCAGGAAUCGUGGUCUGAUUGGGAUGGACGGGUCGACGGGGAGAUUCCAGGCGAUACCAAGGAAGAUCGGGCCCAAUGGUACGAUUUCACGCAGCCGGGCACGAUCCCGACAGAUGACACCCCGGAUCAGCAUCAAGAAGCGCAGCGCAUACUCAAAGAGGAACUGCGCAAACGAUACAGCGGCAAGGAGAUACGAGAUGAGGGGGCGGGGGUCGGAGCGAUGCCCCAGCAAUCCUGCUUCAAUCUCGGCAACACCGUCGCCAAUGUGCGCUUUGGGAACCACGUCGGCGAUUGGGAGCAUUGUCUGGUCCGAUUUCACAAUGGCAGCCCGAAAUCGCUCUUCUUCAGUGCUCAUCAAGGUGGGGAAGCGUACAGCUAUGAGGCGGUGGAAAAGAUCGGGCAACGACCGGUCAUCUACUCUGCCGAGGGUAGCCACGCCAUGUAUGCCACGGCCGGCGUCCACGAGUAUAUUCUCCCCUGGGGACUCUUGCACGACGUGACAGACCGCGGCCCACUAUGGGAUCCUUUGCUUAACUCCCAUGCCUACACCUAUGAUUUCGACGAAGAUAACCUGCGCGCCUCUACCUUCAGUCCCUCUGCCCCUACUGAAUGGUUCUAUUUCAAAGGCCACUGGGGUGAUAAGUUCUAUCACUUAGGUGACCCCCGCCAGUAUCGAUUUGCCGGCCAAUACCACUAUGUCAAUGGGCCGACAGGGCCCCGGUUCAAGCACCUCAACCGUCACAAGGUUUGCCAAGGACCUGAUCACGCUCCCUGCAUUAUCAAGAACUACGUCGAGCAAGGGAAGCGUCCACAGCGAUGGGGGUCGAGCGGGCCAGGAGAGUAA